UUCUCUCAUUUAGCAAUUCAUCAAGAGUAAACAUUGGAGUUGUUUAUUAACAAGUCUCAGCGCUGUUGCCAAUUGGGCUAUCGUACACAGCAUUGCCAUUAUCUAUUAUUUAUUUUUCCAUUUGUCAGUCAUACAGAAAAGUGGAAGUGUAUUUACAGCAGCAAAAAGAGGGCAUUAUGGCUGAAUUACCGGAAAAUUUACAAAUUAUUAAAACAGAAGGAUCACAGUUGCCGGAAACGGAAGCACAACCGCGUCGCCUUAUUAAGGAGCGUUUAAAUUGGCACGUGAAACGUCGUCUCCAACGAGAACAGGAACCUCAAAAUACACUACCGCAUAAGAAAAUAAAAAUAAUUACUCACCCUUCGUUGAGUACAGAACAAGAAACAGUGGCUAUUGUAGCACCAGUACCAGUACAGGCACCUCAACAAUCACCACAAUCAGCAAAUGUGAACGUGAAUUCGACAGCUAACGAUAGCGACGUCACCACGCCGACAUCAACAUUGAAAAGGAAAGAGAAACAACAACAGAAAGAACCAGCCAAAACACGAAGACCAUAUCAAAAGCGUACGGACAAAAACACCACCAAAAUACAAUCACAAACGCAGCCACAAAUCCGAUCCGAUGAUGGCGGAAGAGCACGCAAAAACAAACGUCACAAACAGCAGCAGCAACACGGCUCAGUAGCCGGUAACACAGUAACUUUGGCGGUUGGUAAUGCAGGUCCAAGUGGAAGCUCUGGCAUUUUAUGUUUAUCGCCUAGCGUAGAGGAAGGAAGUGGGGGUGGUGGAGAUGAAACGGACGGCCGAGAUAUUUAUUCUCGCGAUAAGGAUAAAUGUCCUGACAUUUUAAGUUUGGUAUUGAGCGGAAAAAAACGUGCUUUACUGCAAAACGCUGAAGUACAAGACAUUUUGGGUAAAAUAAUGGCUGCAUUUAAAAAUUGACCAAAUGUUUUCAUGAUUAAUUCUCUUUGCGUAGAUUUACAUAAAUACAUUUCUAUAAUAUAUAAAAUUAAAAAAAAAAUAAUAAAACUUCAAAAAUUUCAAAAGUC